UGAACCCCCCAACACCCUCUCACAUUUCCCUCUUUUCUUCCUCUGUUUUCCGGUGAAGGGAAUUCGGCAUAACCUAGCAACGGCUUCGGGAUCGUCAUCAAUCAACUCUCUCUCUCUCUCUCUCUCUCUCUCUCCUCCUCCUCCUCCUAACAGUAAUUUAUUCAAGUGAAACCCGGCUGGCAUAAUUUCUUUUGUCAAUAUGGGGGAGCUGGCAGCUGAGAAGCAUGUCAAAUAUAUCAUAUCCGUUGAAAAGAAGAAAGAUUCGUUUGAAUCGGUGGUGAUGGAGCAUUUGAGAAUCAAUGGGGCAUACUGGGGACUGACCACUCUCGACUUAUUAGAAAAGCUACAUGCCGUGGAUGUCGAUGAGGUUGUUUCAUGGAUAAUCAGCUGCCAGCACGAGUCAGGUGGUUUUGGUGGUAAUGUUGGGCACGACCCACACAUAUUGUAUACCCUAAGUGCUGUGCAGGUUUUGGCGCUUUUUGACAAGCUUGCGAUUCUAGACAUAGAAAAGGUUUCAAAUUAUGUUGCUGGGCUACAAAAUGAAGACGGAUCAUUUUCUGGGGAUGAGUGGGGUGAAGUCGAUACUCGAUUUUCUUACAUCGCUAUAUGCUGCCUCUCAUUAUUGUGUCACUUGGAUAAAAUCAAUGUGGAGAAGGCUGUGAAGUAUAUUGUCAGUUGCAAAAACCUCGAUGGUGGAUUUGGAAGCACACCUGGUGGGGAGUCUCAUGCAGGGCAAAUUUUCUGUUGUGUUGGUGCUCUUGCUAUUACGGGGUCUCUGCACCAUGUCGACAAGGACCUUCUCGGGUGGUGGUUAUGCGAGCGGCAAGUCAAAUCUGGAGGCCUUAAUGGGCGCCCGGAGAAACUUCCAGAUGUCUGCUAUUCAUGGUGGGUUCUUUCUAGCUUAAUCAUAAUUGACAGAGUGCAUUGGAUCAACAAGGAAAAGCUUGUUAAGUUUAUCUUGGACUGCCAGGACACGGAAAAUGGAGGAAUCUCAGACAGACCAGAUGAUGCAGUUGAUGUCUACCACACAUACUUCGGUGUAGCUGGACUUUCUCUCCUUGAAUAUCCUGGGCUGAAAGCCAUAGACCCAGCUUAUGCUUUGCCAGUUGAUGUUGUGAACAGAAUCUUCUUGCUCAGAUAAGGAUCCUGAAGAAAUGAUAUGAAGCUGUUUUUUCUUUGCCAUAUUGCUUUCUAACCUUCUGACCAAAUUGAACUUGUAGAAAAGAUCGAAUAGAGAUAUAAUCUGUUAGCAUUGGGCUUGUAUUGAAAAAGAAAAGAAAAUUGCAAUAGGGUUAUGAAGAAAUGAAACUAGAAAGAUGGUUUUGGAAAGCAAUUUCUGUGGAUGUAAUACUUUUAGAAAUAAAAGUAAAAGGUCGUACCAUAAAGGAAUGGAGCACAACAGGUUACAUUAUUA